AUUCUUAGCGCAAGAAAACCAAUCCAAUUGCGAAGUUAGCUAAGAAAUCUUUCAUCCCAAACCACGUUACCUCUUGCAGCAGUCUGCAGCUCCGAAUCACCGUCAAGCUCCUGCUUCGAAUCUCUCUCUCUCCCUUUUUAUAUAUGUCGAUGCUCUAAAACAAAUUACAUUCCAAAGUUGCAGGUCAGAAGCCCAAAAAAUGGCAGCAACAGCACUCGUAUUUCUCCUCAUAACUUCUCUCUUCAUCCCCUCCUAUACCCAAGAUAUCCAAUCCCCAGACCAGGAAGCUUUCAUUUCAAUCGUUAUAUCCCAACAGGGUCUCGACUUUCUUAAGAAUUUGCUCAUAACCAAAGCAAUCUCUUCAAUAAUUCCUCUCAAUUUGCCCAGGAUUGAAAAGACGGUUAAAAUUCCAUUUCUUGGUAAUGUUCAUAUGCGCCUAUCUAACAUCACCAUAUAUGAAAUUGAUGUCUUGUCCUCUUUUGUUAAGCCUGGAGAUACUGGUGUUGCAAUUGUUGCAUCGGGUGCCACUUGUAAUUUAAGCAUGAGUUGGUAUUAUCAGUAUAGUACUUGGCUUCUGCCUGUCGAGAUUGCUGAUAGAGGAAACGCUUCUGUUCAGGUUGAAGGCAUGCAAGUGGGGCUUACGUUAGGCUUGGAGAACCAGAAUGGGACUUUGAAGCUGUCCCUCAUGGACUGUGGUUGUUAUGUUAAAGAUAUCUCCAUCAAAUUGGAUGGAGGAGCAUCUUGGCUUUAUCAAGGCAUGAUAGAUGCAUUUGAGGGGCAAAUAGGGGCUGCAGUGGAAAAUGCUAUUACCAAGAAACUUGGAGAAGGAAUUUUAAAGCUUGAUUCAUUUCUGCAAGCUCUUCCCAAAGAAGUUCCAGUAGAUGAUAAUGCAUCUCUAAAUGUAACUUUUGUGAAGGAUCCUUCAUUGAGUAAUUCUUCCAUUGGAUUUGACAUCAGUGGGUUAUUCACAUCAAGGAAAAAGAUUCUAGUCCCGGCAAAUAAAUACCAGAGUUCACAACCUUCAGUUUUCUGUAAAGAUUCAUCUAAAAUGCUUGGAAUUUCACUAGAUGAAGCAGUUUUUAAUUCUGCAUCAGCCUUAUAUUAUGAUGCAAAAUUCAUGCAAUGGAUUGUGGAUAAAAUACCAGAUCAGUAUCUUUUGAACACUGCUGGAUGGAGAUUUAUUAUUCCUCAAUUGUACAGGAAAUAUCCGAAUGAUGACAUGAAUUUAAAUCUGUCUUUAUCUUCUCCUCCAAUUGUAAAGAUUUUAGAAAAUGAUAUUGAUGCAACUGUUUAUGCGGAAUUAAUAAUUGAUGUUUUGGAAGCAGACCUUGUAAUACCAGUUGCAUGCAUUUCACUGGAUAUUUAUGGCUCAGGUUCAGUUAAGAUCUCAGGGAAUACACUUGGGGGCAGCUUGAAAUUAAAGGACUUUUCAAUGUCAUUGAAAUGGAGCCAUAUUGGUAAUCUUCGGUUGUAUCUUAUUCAGCCAGUGAUAUGGACUCUUAUCCAAACUGUUUUCUUGCCAUAUGCAAAUGUACACCUCGCACAAGGUUUCCCAUUGCCGAUUGUUCAUGGUUUCACCCUAAAGAAUGCUGAAAUAAUUUGUUCAAGAUCAAAAAUUACAGUUUGCAGUGAUGUGGAAUUCACGGAGUCUCAGGGUCUGAAUCAGAUUAUGUUCAACUAAUAUGUUACCGUCUGAAGUCUGAUAGGGAUGCACACCAAGAUCCAGAAAGCGCAGGCAGAUGUCCGAGUCUCUUGUUGAUUCAUGUGUAUAAGGCACAGACAGCUAAACCCAUUCCCCACACGAAUGUACAAAUUGUGAAGUGCCAUACCAUACCCAUUCCCCACACGAAUGUACAAAUUGUGAAAUAGCAUACCAUGGUGAUUUCCUGCUUCCUA